UACGUUCGGUUCGCACUUCUCUUCUCUCCUUAAAACACUGUCUAUUACACGGACUUGAGUUUUUCAGUUAUUUAUUUCCUUCUCGUCCGUCUACGUCUCGUCCCCGUACCGUCUCCGCCCUGCUCGUCGUUCCGCUCGCUCCGCCUCACUGUGUCCUACUAUUAUUAUUGUGUGUGAUCUGAUUUUCACCGUCGUUUUCCUCGGUUUUCCUCAGUUCUUGCAGUUUUCAGUUCCCGUGAUCACAUCUCACAUCCGCGUUCGCCUCCACAGGUGCGAGAGUUUGUUUACGGGUUGCGAGUUCGACUUGGAGCCGAGCCUCGUCCUGACCCCGUGAUCGUGUUGUCGGUGCAAGGGCCCCACAGUUUCCAGUGGACGCCAGUUUGCUUCCGCCCAACUCAAGGUGCAGUUCAGUGUACGCAUUCUAAGCAAAAGGGACUUUGAUUGAACUCGUCGGGAACGAAAAGUUAAAGGGAGAAAGUUUCGAGGAAAUUUGUCACGUUCGGGGUGUACUGAAGGAUUUUUUUUCGAGGCAUCCACUUCCGGUGUGCGGGUAGUCGGUUCAAGUGCAGUGACUCUGAUGUGCCGGGAUCGAUUUCGUGCCUGAGAUAAAGUGUAUCACGUUUCCUUGGAGGGACUGGGCUCAGUGCAACUAAGUACGGACUCGAUUGCACCCCGUUCUGUUCACAGCGGAGUGUUGGGCGCCCACAAUGCAUUGGACAUUGGCUUGGACGCCGCAAAGACUGCCGACAAGCCGAGGUAUCUGAGAAGACGUAAAUCUGAAGAAAUCAAAUUCAUGACAGCCCCAGUCGCUGGCUGCAGGAUUAACGGCGCCCCGCAGCAGACACAUCAUUCCGCAGCACGACAUCGCUUCGCCAAAACUCCCACAACGCGACAGCCCCAUAAGGACUUACGCUCCAUCGCUCUCUUCCGGUGUAUUCUGUGCCUAAGACUUGUAACGAACUUUCUCUGAAGGGAAAAGCGUAAAACUGAAAAGCAAACAUAAAUAAGAUUCUAGUUACGAAAAGAUGCCACGCUGUUUAAUGGCUAAGAAAUGGAAGGCGUAUCCUUGGCCCGAUCGAACUGAGGACAGCUCCUCUAAUCAAGGCUCGACAAAUCCACCGGCGUCGAAUUCAAGCGCUAAUGGAAACGGAAGUGGCGCUACCGCCGAUAUUGAUGACGAUGAAGAAAUUGACGUUGUGGGUGAUUCCUCGGUGGCUGUUGUGAGUAGCGCGGCAGGAAGUGUUAUUGGCAUCAAGCAGGAACAGCAACAAUCGCAGUCUUCACAAUCCCAGCAGCAUCAACAAGCCCAGCAACAGCAGCAACCUGUUAGUGCAGCCUCGUCGACUUGUUGGGGUCCAUCGUCACCAACUGCUGGAGCCACUGCACCCAGUCCGCCACCACAUUCGCCAGAAGCAACUCGUGGCUCAACUAUUCUCUAUAACGGAUACGGUCACGAUAUUUCAGCGAUGCACUUCACAGCGUACCUGCCACGAAUGGAAAAUGAAGUGACGGUAAUAACAUCACAAAAUCAUCCAUCUUCAUCGCCAGCAACGUCAUCGCAAUAUACCUACCAUCAAUCGACGACGGCUUCCUCUACGCCCGAAUCAGCGGGAGAACGCUUUAGUCCACCUGCAAUGAUUCACAUAAAGUCCGAAAACGAUAGUCCAACGCAACAUCAGUACCAUAGUCGAAAGUCGCUAGCAAUGUGCUUCACAAGCACGGGAGCGGCACUAUCGUUACCGCCAAAAAAGAAAGACAUCUACCGACCUUACUCACUGGAUGAUAGACCUAUGCCUACACGUACCUACGAAAUGCGAAUACCGGCGGAAGAAGAUUUGCAUGCGGCACAUGCAAUAUUAGAUUUAAGUGCAUCUACAGCAUUCUUGCCUCCUCCGCAACCGCAUCAACUCCAGCAGCAUCAGCAUGAGCAAGAGCAACCACAUUCACCACACCAUCACACGGAGGAACAGCAUUCGCCGCACCAUCAGCAACACCAUGAAAUGCUUGAGGUAUCAACGGCAGAAACACAAAAACCUUUGGCGAACACACACCCUCUGACAACAAUUUUAGUACCUGACAAAGAAGAGCGGUUGCACAUUAGUAAAACAGAAGCGAAUCCUGUACAGAAUGAGAACAGCAACACCACGAACAUAAAUGUGUUGUCCCCCGGGAUUAAAUCGGGUACAAAAACCGUGGCGUACACUUAUGAGGCUUUCUUUGUCAGUGAUGGUCGCUCCAAACGAAAGACACAAGUAGAUCCGGUCCUAACGGAGAGUAAGGCUAAGUACACCUGCACAGAAUGCGGGAAGCAAUAUGCGACGUCUAGCAACUUAUCCAGGCACAAACAAACGCAUCGAAGUCUAGAUUCCCAGUCAGCGAAGAAGUGCCACACGUGCGGAAAAGCCUACGUUUCUAUGCCUGCUCUAGCCAUGCACGUUUUAACGCACAAACUCUCCCACAGCUGUGGGGUUUGUGGGAAGCUGUUUUCCCGACCUUGGCUUCUGCAAGGUCACCUGCGCUCUCAUACAGGCGAGAAACCCUACGGAUGCGCGCACUGUGGCAAAGCGUUCGCUGAUCGUUCCAACCUGCGAGCUCACAUGCAAACCCAUUCGGCUGACAAAAAUUUCGAGUGCAAACGUUGCCAUAAAACAUUCGCGCUAAAAAGUUACCUAAACAAGCAUCUGGAAUCGGCAUGUUUCAAGGACGAUAGCAAUUCAACAGGAUCGAUUAUUAUGGAGGGAAGAAACACAACAACACCUACAGGACUUUUGCUGAGCGAUGUAAUUCAUAGUUCGAAACUGUCCGGGCAACCGAUUUCAGGAUCGAAUCCCACUUCAACGGCAACAGCCACCCUUAGUGCGGUCAGUACGCUCCCUGCAUCAGCAACGCUGAGUGGUGCACCCCAUGCAACAAAUGACGGUCUUCUAAUAGCUAGUGUCGCAGGAGGUAAGGUCCUGACAACGGUCAAUUUGACUCCAGUGCUCAGUGCAAGGAGCACAAUACAAAUAGCAGCAUCAUUCGGUGGGUAACCUUAGUAUUAGAGAAAAUAAUUUUAAGGACAUUCCCCUGGACGGAGGGAAAAAUUCAUAGAACAAAUGAGCAGCUAAAAGAUAUUUUUUUCUGAAAAAAAAUUAAUGUUUUGCAUUCCAUUUAGUUGGCAUGCCACCGCUUGAAUCCUUCCCAAAAUCCCUCUGCAUUGUAUUGUGUUAAUUUUUACAAAGUUAUGAAAACGGAGAAGGCUAAAGAGGGAAAGAAGUGGCGAAUAUAAAAGAAAUUAAUCGAAUAAUUGAAGCAACGAAUAGAUUUAUUGCUUAUAAAAAUUGCCUAAGAGUAAGUUCAAUAAGAGGCGAGUUAGCAACUAGACGUGGUUUGACCAUACAAGCGGAUAAUCCUUGGACUGUCAUUGAUUGGGAUACUAAUGAGUGUACAUAAGCGUCGCCAAGUGGCAGUCGGGGAAAUUCAAUAUUUUCAUAAGGCAGUUUUUCGUAUAGUUUAGGAAUAGCUAAUAGCAUUAGGACCGGUUAUAAGAACGUCAAUUCGUUUAGGUGGAAAUAUUUUUACAUAAACGUUUUCCAAGGGUAAUAUACGUAACGUGGGUCGGGGGAGGUGCUGGCGUUUUGAAAUGCUCGGCUCAAAAUUGCCCGGAAAUAAUUCCAUGGGAAGAGCAGGAAAAGUAGUUAAAUUAUUAUUGAGUAAAACGUCACAAGUUUGAAGGAGUAGACGUUUCCAGCGUUUUGAAAUGUUAGCACUACUUCCGAAUCCUGGGUAAAACUCUCGUAAUAUUUAAUAAUUUAUUUAAUUUAAAUUUAAGGUUUAAAUUAUUCAGCUUAAUUUUAAUUUCAACUUAUCCACGUAUUUCUGUUUUUUUUUUACGUGACACAGCGUCAUUAUCUUUCUUUUAAAACACAAAAAAAAAUCAUAAUACGUCCAUCCUUCUGCGCCUCGGAUUCAAUACUGUAUUGAUAAGAGGACCGGUCGGAAAAGUAUAUUUUAGGAUCUAGUGAGUAAGAUCUAGUCAGUACUGGAUAAUUUACCAUUAUAUUGAGUUCACCAAUGAAUAAUUUGAAAAUUCAUUCUAAUUUGCAGUUUUAAGCUGCAAUACUUGCUCAUUCGAGAAUAUCCUUAAAAGGACUUAAAUGAAAAUGAUAUUUUUAAAAUAGAGUUUCAGUAAAAAAAAUGAUCAACAUCUGAAUAAUUCUCGAAUGAGUUUAUCGUGAAAUCUAGUCAUUAUCUUAAUUUCUAUCAUUGCUUUAUCUAGUCAAAUGUAUCUUUUAAUUUCACUCUAAUUUAUUUCUCUGUAUAAAAUCCCAGUUUCUUUAGGACGACCCUUAUGCUUAUCAAAUAGGUUACUUCUCUAGUCUGUAAUCAGCAGUGCAUAAAUAUGAAUGUCUAUAUCUACUUACAACUACUUACUAGCUACCUACUAACUAUAAAACUAGAAAUGAGGGAGAUACAACUUUCUUUUCUUUAAAAGUAACUCUGAAAACAAUCUUAAGUCAUUCAGUUAAAUGUACUGUGGUUCAAAACACAACGAAAAAUUGAAACCAAAAGCAACGUUUCUCAAACAACGAACUAGUCAUGUAAGGCAUAUACGACUUUAGCAUUUUAGGAUACGAAUUAUGGAAAAAGAAAUCAUUGAUUUUCGUUUUUAUAGCAGACAAGAAGGAAAAUAGCAGAUAAGAAAUUUACAAUUAGAUGAAUCCUUCAAGCAGUUUAGAAAAUGGUAACGCGUACAAUAGAAUUCGUAGAAAGUCCAAAGUUUGACUUUGGUGUAGGAUUAGUGGAAACCUAUAAGCAAUUUUCAAUGUCAACGAAAUUUCAAGCAAUUACAUUUGAAUAAAAUGGAAAUACUCAAUUUUAAGAUAGAGAUAUUUGAAACUUAGAAGCAAUAACUGCAUUGUGGAUAUUUAAAUUAUAUUAUCGGUGUUGUGUAUGUGUUAUAUGUACCCAUGUCGAAAGACAUAUUGAAAUAUUCAUUUUGUGGAUAUUCUUUGAGUAUUGUUUGCAUGAUCCGUUUUUACUUUCAACUAACUUCUUUUUCUGAAUGUAUCUUAUAUUGAUUCUCUAAAAUUCAAGAAAAAAAAGAUUUUGUUUAAUAAAUACCAAACAUUUUUGGAGUGCCAUCUAAUAUGGACUUUACCAAGGCCAUUAAAAGUUCCCUUAGAUUCUCACUGACAAAUAUUAAACUAAUAUCAAUUUUUUUAGGCAUACAUUUUAAGAUAGUCAUUGACCCUUACGUAUAGCAUAUUAUCUCAACCACACCUACCCCGCACUUCCAUUACUUCUCGACACGCUUACAUUUCUCCUCCCUAAUAUACUUCACGUAGUUCUAAGGCAGUCCAACUUGACUCUAAUUCAUAGCACACUCAGCAAUAUACCUAUUGCCUUUCCCAACUGUAUGACCUAUUCACUUCCACUUCUGCUCUUUUUGAGUAAGACUAUCUGCAACACCUUAGUUCUACGAUCUUCUGCAUUUGUUUCUUUUGCAUCCUCAAUCCAUCAGCUGAAAGGAGUAUUGGUAGUAAAUUUAUUAAGGCAUAAGUCAUUGAAUAUCCUCGACGCGACUCAAUAUAAAGUUGACCACCCAAAGGUAUACGUAUGCUUCCCUUUGAGAUUGGGAGAAGUAGAAAAUGAAGAACUAAAAGACGUUAUGGUUGUAUUGUUUCGCAACACUUCCUUCAUAUAUGCCUCCAUAAAUGUGUAUGGCAUGGGCAUCUUAAUCAGGAUUGAAGGGGAAAUUCGAGAACUGCAGGUGGUUCCCCUUUAAAAUUCGUCUAUGUACGAUAAAUUGCUCCAACGACCUGAAGGCUAAGAUUGCCCAAAUCAUUCUUGGACGAUUGGCUUGAAAUAGCUAAAAUCUAACUUUCGAGCUUCUUUUAACAAUUUAGUAUGAAUCUCGGUCGAGUUCUAAUUCAUUAACGCAUUUGCUUACGGCUUAUCUCCCUGUCAUAAUAAACCUGCUGAUAACCGUGCGAUCUAUCUCUUGCCAACGUUCUGCAUAUGUUAUUACAUUCGACAUAUCGCAAUAUUGUUUUGAUAAAUUUAUAUUCAUCGCCCCCCCCCCCCUGAAUUUUACACUGAAAAUUCUAUGGUAAUCAAUUUACUUAAAAUAGCAUAAAACCUGUCUUAAAAAUGAUUAAAUAUGAUGCUUUUGCAUGAGCGAUGCGUUCCCGAUAAUUCAUGCACCAACCAACUCCUUAACAACAACAACCAAGACUAGUUCUAACUACACACAAUAUCAUUUCGCUUACAAUAUCGAAAUGGUACAUCCAGCUGAUCCCUAUUGAUAGCAAUUACAUGAAAAUGAUGGUAGCUUACAAAAGAUACUGAGCAAUAAGGACCUAGGCGUCAAUUUGUCUCUGAGGGUAUUAAAGUGUCGUAUUUCGUCCCUAUGAUGAGACAUGCACUUUUCAAUUUUUUUAUCUGUCGGAGUUAGAAGCCUUCGAACUUCGGAUAUAGUAAGGCAUGCGAAACUCUUUUCGUACUCAGCUUUUAUCAAGGAAUAUGGUUUAGGAUGAAAAAAUGACAGGAGAUACUGUUUUUGGAAAAAAGCAUGAUUUGGAAUAUCUUGGGCUUACCGUACUUCUACUGGUUAUGUCUGAUAAUGCCUAAAUAAGGAUUUGAUAUAGCAUUUGAACAUCCUUAUUUGCUACUAUGUGCAACUGAUAAUCGACUGGAUACUUUAACGCCAAUACCCUUUAAAAGACUGUCUUUGCUGCAUACGUCUCCCAAGAAUUUUGCCUCUUUGUCGACAUAUGGUUAAAAUUCUCUAUUGAUUUGAGGCGAAUUAUUGGUGGUCUAUAACAUUCUGAAUAAUAUCUUCAUCAUCAUCGAAAGCACGGUGUUCGGUCUAAACCUACCUAAAUUAGGAAAUCCUUUCGUGGCUACGUAAUAGAUAGUUUUUUCCUGUAGGCUUGUCAAAAGAGGGUCAGGAAGAUCAGUUGGUGCAGUUUUUCUGUUUUAAGGGUGGGGCCCCGUUUACAAUUUUACGCUAAAAACGGACUCCACCACAUGGAAAUGCAGAUAGUAUUUAGUAGUAGAGCUGUAGUAGCGAACAUUUCCCAGGUUUCGUGUUCCAUUGUGGGUACGUGGAUAUAAUUUCUUCUUUGAUCAAAAUUUAACUCCUUUUGAUAGGUAGCCCCAAUUUAGCACAAAGCCAGUAACACCGUAUUGAGAAACAUGUGAUUACUAUGCACGUCUCUGGUAUUUCCUGUGAAAUCCUCAAAUGAAAUUUGUUUUUGCAAAUUUUGCACAAACUUCACCAACAUUCUAGUUAGACCAAAUUUUUCAGUUGGAAUUCAAUGAAUGAAUCCAAAACUAAUAUUCAGUCUUCACUUUUAUUUAACGAUUUUGUAUAGUCGAGGUCUUUACUUGACCAGCGAAAAUAACAUCUUUGGAUGUUACCGACUUAUCAAAAACAGUGCCUUGAAUUUAGAAAAUCUUAAAACAUCAACUGAAUCCUGCAAAAAUUUCCGGCUUUCGUGUAUCCUUCCCUCGUCAAUUCUGCGGUUGUGACCAGUUAGGUCCUGGUGGUUUUACGUGAGCACUGAUUACUUGGACAUAACCCCCCGGUCUUCUUACGAUAAGGAUUGAUUUUGUGACCACAAUCGGAGUACCCUGUGACAAGCAACAACGAUACUAUAUUGAGUGCAUUUUUCGGCAUUCAUAUUGAAAUGAAAUUCGACUCCUGCUCGGCAAACGGUCUCUUGUCCAUUUGGAUAUAACCAACAACCCGCAUGAAACUCUUAGGUCUGAUCGCGUAAUUAGGCUUUGGAGCAUUCGUUUACUGCAUCACGACCAGCAAGUUAAAGUGAAUACAACGUUUCCCGGACCUCUGUCAAUUUUAUUCGGUCAGCAGAGUGGAUGCCCCGUAUUCCUUGUCAUAACCUUGUAGUACCACCGUCGCUGUCAGCACAUCGUAGUUUUCAGAAUUCAACCAGACCUUAUGCUAUUAUAACGUCAAAAAAUUGGUAUAAUUCAUGAUUGCGGUAGCCGAGUUAGUUGAGCCUUAGCCUCUCGACCUCGCUGUCCCGGUUUCAAAUCUCAAUUCGUCAUGGAUGUUUGUGUUCAUCUUUGUGUUGGCUCCCUCCACUGGAUUAAGUGCGGUGGUAAUAAAACUGAAUCAAACAAGAAAAAAGUAACAACACGGGAAUGAAAAUCUUAGUAAGCUCUAUACUUUAUAAAGAAGUCAACAGAAGGCGUAAAAAUAACUGUUAAAGUUAAUUUUAAACUUACAUUUUCUCAUUUCAAACAAAAUAAAUGUAUUUGAUCGUCGAGUCCUGCCUGUAUUGGUGAGAAUCUAAGGGUAAUUUUUACUAAAAACUGGAUUUAAAAUCCUUUAAAAGCCUCCACAUUUUAUCAGUCAGGUAUCGAAACAAUGUUAUUAAAAAUUAAUAAAUGAUUUCCUUUUCUAUGUUUGUAAUAUCCUGCAUGCAUAUGCUUUCUUUCAUGUAAACAUCACGCUGUGAAAAGCUCAAUUAGUGAUUCCCAACUUCGUAAACAUUCCAAAUGAAUUCUUCAAUCUUACUGCACUGUAUUGAUUAUGAAUUAUCGAAAUGGUCGCAAAACUUAUUAACUAAAACUACUAUUCCAACUCUAGAUUUUAGCCUACUGUACAACUCGUGUACAAAACUUUCUGUAAAUACUUGAAACUUUUCAUGUGUAUAUAUGUGUAAUUAUGUAUCUAUUGAACGAAGCGUAUUGCAUGCAAAAAGUGUUGAAAAACACUAAAUUAUUUAUAUUACCAACAAACAUAAUUUUAGUCACACGCAAUUUAGUGUCGAGUUUGUGUCAAUUUUUAUUGCAUUUGUAAUGGAAUGAUAUGAAUAUGCUAAUUUCAUAUGCAGAUGUGAAUAUGCUUUAUCUGUUAUAAUCUGUGGAAAGCGUUUAACCAUUAAUUUCGUUACGAUUAUAUUUCGCUCCCCAGAAAUAUGAACAAAAUUUUGAUAUUUGCAUUACAAAAAUUAGAAUAAUUUCAUUGAAAAUAUUUGAAUUCGGGUUCAUUUUUCCAUGUCACCGUGAAUAGUUUUCAUUUUUGCGAUUUAAAAAUUAAAUAAACAAAUUAAAAAAAUAAUAAAUUUAGUUAAAUUAUAAUAAAAUCAUUUCAUUUUUGCCUUGCGAAUAAUUUUUUAACAAGUUUUUGAAUGUUCAACAUGGUUUUUCUUGAGCUUUCAAGAAAAUCCAUCGAAAUUAGAACGUCUAGGAAAGGGAUAGGGUGCAAUAUGAAUGGUAAUUGCGUUUAGUGUUUUUUGAAGUGAGUAUUGAAUUUGCUUUUUACAAAAGUAAAAAAAAAUGGCAAGCGAGCAAAAUACACAGGAGCCUUAUCCGUAAAUAAAAUAGUUUCAAAAGUGCACGUUAUAGUCUGUGUGACAUUCAAAACUUUUCUGAAAUUGAAUGAAAUAAAAUGAAUAUUUGUUUUUGAAAAUAAAUGUAAAUUUGAACAGUAAUAAUAUUAUUUAAUCAAAAAAUUAGUGAAGCAAGUAUAAAGAAACCCGUAACGUUGUCAUGACGAAAAGCCGGACAGUCGAGUGUUUUCUAGUCACUAGACUCUAGCGCGCUUGUACAAUAUUUCAUUGAAGCAACCAAUUGUCUCGAAAUCAGCUUGAUGAUCUCAUUAAACCUAAAAAAAAUAGAAUCCAUUUUGAAAAGAAAAAUAAUUCUAAUCUAUUGGAUCUAAAAUAGUAAAUAAAUAUAAUGUAGUGGAAAAAGGCCAUGUGACAGUCUAACAUUAGUUCAACUGUAUAUUUCUCCGGAGCUCAAUGUAUUGUCACAUGAGUACGAAUCUCAUACAGCUUUUGAACCAAAAAUUAUGUAAAGUACGGAAACUUUCGAGUGGAUUUGUAUUUUUUUGAAAAUCUGUAAAAAGUUCUAAGAAAACAAAAAUUGCUUAGAAAGAUUUUUGCUUUGAGUUUAUUGUAGUAUUUGUAAAUACCAAAGGAAAUUUUCUAAACUAUUAUCAUUUAAUUUGAACUGAUUUAUAAAUCAAUUUGAAUGUCAGCUUAAUGUACCAAAGAAAUACUCAAUGUAUAGAACAAAUUCAUCAGACGAGCAUCUUUUUGUUUUCAACGAAAUCUGAUUUGUAAAUUGUAUUGAAUUUUGAUUUUGGAUUCCUAUAUGUUGAUGUUAGAAAUUAUCUCUCCGUUCACCCAUAUUUAUGUGCUCCAUGAAUGUUACGAAUGAACUUCUAACUUUAUCUGAUCUCUAUUACUAAUUUCUAUCUAUUUAUUUAUUUCUAACUUAAUUAAUCUUUAAUCUGUACAUAAACUUCAAGAGAAUGAAGCUAGACCUAACACUCCAAAUAUAAUUGUAAAUAAACUACUUCUAAGAUAGACGCAUAAGCAAUAUUUAUGAAACUGAUAGGAUAAGGACUAAAAAUCACAUCCAUUUAGUUUAAAAGGAGAUAAAAGUACAAUUCAUUGCACGUUUGUUUCAGUUGUUCAUGUAUUGGAUAAAAAUCAGUUAUCGGAUUCAGUUUAGAUAAAUCACAUCCAUACCUUACAAUUAGACUAGUUAAAAUUAUUUAAAUUUAAUUUAUAUUAUUUAUAUACCUACAUGUUUUUAUGUAGUAAAAUUAUUUAAAAUAAAAACAAGAAUUA